AUGGAAAACCGUGCUUCGUCGCCCAAUCCGUCUCCUAACGGCGUCGGGCGAUCUCCAUCCACGAGACAGUCUGCGAGCCCUGUUUCUGCUCGUGCGGCAGCAAGAAGGCCUGCUGGCCGCUCUAAUCUCAGUAUGAGUAGUGUUCCAAGAACUUUUAUGAAUCCGAAUACCUCCGACGACGAUGCUAGAGCUGCCAAUUCUGCAUUGAUUGCAGAACUGCGAGAGCAGGUGCAGAAGGCGGAAACUGUAUCGGAACAGUACAGCAAACAGCUUGGCGUCUUACAAAUGCGGCUUGAUGAAGCUGUUGGCGAGCAGACGAGGCUGGAAGAACAAGCUCAUGAAAAAGAGAAUAGCAUCAGUGCGUUGCGGGACGAGGUCAAGGAGCUAUCACGCCAGCUUCGUGAGAUGGAGCAGAUGCACGAAACAGAACGUACUGCUAUGAUGAAGGACAAGGAGUCUCAAGCUAGCCGCGAAGAGGAGCUCCAAUCCACCAUCCAGCGUCUGAAGGAAACAAUUUCUCAAAAGGAUUUACGAAUGAACGUCGAAAAUGACCGGAAUCUCUCUCGAUCUCCCUCAUUUCGGAACCGUUCUGCUCAGGACCCUGAGAAUGGCCAAUUCGCCCCCUCUUCCCAGCUUCAGCGCAGCCCUUCCCGAAAUAACUCAAAAUUGAUAUUACAGAAGGACAAGUUAAUUGAAUCCUUGAGGCUUGAGCUAGCCGAAGCACAGAUCAAAUUGGUUGAAAUGGAGAACAUGGGCGGCGGCCGCCAUCGGGAACUGGAAAAAGAGCUUCUUGAAACUCGCAUGGCCAAUGCUCGUCUGAUGGAGGAUAACGAGAGCUAUCAGCUACUCCUUAGCGAAAGAACCUUAAAUGGUGAUUUCACUAAAGGCGAUUUCAUGCAUCAUACUACUGCUGACUGCCUGCCUAAUGCGAGCGGUGCGGGAUCGCUGGCUGAUGAACUUGAAUCGGCGGCGGAGGGUGGAGAAACAGAGUCACGACGCCGACUCGAGGCUGAACUCAAAGUCCAGGUUGACCACAAUAAAGCUUUAAGCCUUUAUAUUGAGAGAAUCAUUGGGCGGCUAUUGCAGCAUGAAGGCUUCGAGGAUAUUUUGCAUAAAAAUGAAAACGAUAGCCCCGGAAAUACGACUAAGCCCGCAAAGCUAGAUAAGGAGCUACCAGCACCUCCCCAAGAGAAGGAUGAUGUCUCUGGACAAACCUUUCUUCAGCGUGCCAAAUCUGUGAUGGCAGGCCCUACCACUCGCCCAAAGCCUCGUCCUGUGAGCCAAAUGAUGCAGCCACCCGCUACUCAGGAUCCAGCCCCCUUGCCUCAGCCAACUGCGCACGAAAAUCCACAGACUGCCCCUAGCAUUCCUCUGAAUCGCUCCCGAACAGUCUCUCACCGAAGAACUAGAUCAGAUCAAGCGGAUGGAGUGACUGCAGCCUCUGUAGUCGGACAACUCUACCGUGGGCCGGCAGGACGGCCUCCUGCUGCUGGUCCCAUGAGUCCAGGAAUUAGCCCAACAAUAUCUCAAGGGCCCAUAUUCUCCGGGUCGCUCUCCUCCAAGCGGAACUCUGGGCACAGCGUGACGGUAUCAAGCAGAGGCGGUGAACGUGACAGCGUUCUGAGCGAUCGCAGUGGCGAAGUUGGCUCGCCAUCAACAUCUUCCCCUCCUCGCACCAAUGCCGCGAUGAAUAACUACACCGGAGCUGUGAUGACUCAGAGCAAACUGCGCCCUCUACGACUCGUCCAGGAGAAUAAAGAAUUAGAUAGUGGAAACCAAGGUGGCAAGUCCACGGAUGAUGAGGAAACGGCUGCCAGAAAGAAAGCUAACAGAGGGAGCUGGGUUUCUUGGUUCAACCGCACAAACCAACCCCUUUCUGAAGCACCGAAAACUUCGACAGGCUAA